UUCCAUACGCUGUGGUCUCGUAUGCAUGCUUCAAAAUCGGGGCUAUUGCUGUUCCUCUAAAUCCUGCGUACACCCCCGAUCAAGUGAUUUCAGCCCUAAACCAUAUCUCAGCAAGCUGUCUUUUCUUGAGCACAGAUAUCACUUUACCAUACAAACCACCAACAUCAACAGCACCUCUUCUAGAAUCUCUUCUGGGAAGCACUAGGGAACUGAAUUCUUGUCCAUUACCUGUCAACUCUCUCAGGCAUGUCUUCCUAAUAAAGAACUCUAUAAAUCAAGUUGAAAAGCCCAUAUUCAAAUCUACUAUAGAUUAUGAUCAGCUCAUUUCCGACAACCAUGGUAGACAAUUACCCAACCAAGGCCAUCUGAGGAACAGCGAUAUUGCUACCAUACAGUUUACAUCUGGGACUACAUCGGCUCCUAAAGCUGCUUGUUUGAGUCACAAGAGUAUCUUGAAUAAUGGGUUUCUCGUUGGCAGAGGAAUGGACUUAACUGAACGGGAUAUUGUGUGCUGUCCACCUCCACUGUAUCAUUGCUUUGGACUCGUCCUUGGCCUUUUGGCUGUAAUGACACAUGGAGCAUGCAUCAUAUUGCCAUCAGAAGCAUUUGACGCAAGAGAGGUCCUUAGAUCAAUCGAAAACGAUCGACCAACCGCCCUCUAUGGUGUCCCGACAAUGUUUCUCGCCGAGUUGGAAUUGCUUUCCCAAGGAUUCAUUACAAAGAAAGAUUUCUCCCAUUUACGGACAGGUAUCAUAGGAGGCAGUCCAAUCCCUUCUUCCUUGCGACUCACUCUCCACGAGAAGCUCAACCUUUCGGAUUUAGCGAGCUGUUAUGGCCUGACUGAGACCUCCCCUAUUGUCUGUAUGACAACCUCGUCUGACACCCUAGAGCAGAAGCUGAACACCGUGGGCGGAAUGCUUCCCCACACCUUUGCCAAAAUUGUCUCCCGUGACGACCCCACCCGUACAUUACGAUACGGAGAAAAAGGAGAGCUUCUGAUCUCCGGUUACUGCGUGAUGGCGGGGUAUUGGAAAGAUGAAAGUAGAACAAGUGAAGCUUUGAACGAGGAGAAUUGUCCUGGCGAAAAAAAGGAGAGGAAGAUUUGGUUUCGCACCGGAGACGAAGCUUUAAUUCAGCCCGAUGGAUACAUUCGAAUCACAGGCCGCAUUAAAGACAUCAUCAUUCGUGGUGGUGAGAACAUUUACCCACCUGAGAUCGAGAAUGUUCUCCUUCAGCACCCUCUGAUUUUAAAUGCCAGUAUAGUGGGGCUACCGGAUGUGAUAUAUGGGGAAGUCGUUGCUGCAUUUAUCAUUGUGAAGGGCGAUGGGAAUGAAGAACACGGUGCGGCUGCGGGAUCACUGUCGAAGGAUUCUGUAAGAGGUUGGGUGCAGGCGAGAUUGAGUAAAAUGCUAGUCCCAAAACACAUUUUUUGGGUGCUGCAAAUGCCGUUGACUGCCAGUGGAAAGAUUGAAAAGUACAAGCUGAAGGACUUCGGAGUCCAGUGGUUGAGGGAAAAGGAGACCGGAUAUGUUGGAUUGGAAACAUAGAUCAACAACUCCGGUCUACGCCGCUUUCUUUGUUUCUGAGCCCUUGGCACACCGUUUCUUCGGCUCCGCGAUCAGGCUUUUUUUUUCGUAUACUUUCCAGGGAUCUGCGGACAGACCCUUAGGGGUAGGGGGCAUGCUAGGGGAGCAGGUCCCGUGGCAGGCGCUACGGACCUCCUAUAAGGGAUAUAUAGCUAACUAGCCACCCACCUCCUCUCAAUCAGACUUCAUC